AUGCCUCUUCGAGGACAAUUUUCAACAAAAGGUUUGGAUGGUGCUUCAAGCGGGGAUAUUGAAUGGUAUUUUAGAACUCCAGAACCCGAAAGUUACAAUAAUGUUCGUUGCAAACUUUGUUAUGUAGUAAUAAAAGGUGGCAUUAUGAGAUUGAAGCAACAUAUAACUCACAUGAAAGGACAAGUUCCGGCUUGUGGUAAAGUAACAACUAUGGUUAGAGAAAAUAUAAUGAAACUUUUACUUGAUUCAAAAGCGAAGAGAAAUGAUUCUAAGAAAAAAAAAGAAGAAUUUGAAGAACAUUUAAGAGGAGAUGAUGAAGAUGCAGAUGAAGAUGUGAAUACUCUUAUUGAUGAUCGAUUGAGAUAUGCAACACAAGAAAUCCUUAGAUCACAUAGAGAAUGGGAAAAUAUGGAACAGUUCAGACGAGAAACAAGAGCUUCUAAAAAUGUAUAUGAACAUAGUGGAAGCUCUCGUGUCAAUGUUAGUGGGGCUGAAAGGCAGAAGAUAUCUCUUUUUCUUUGA